GUUACCUAAUGCUAGAAACCUAUACAAUAAAAACACCUUCGCGAGUUUCAAAGGUUGAUUUAGCAGUCGCGAAUUCAGGCACCGCUGCGCCGACAUCAAGAUGAAAAUCAACGGUGCCGCUGUAACCGUGCAGAAGACCGUUUUUGACAACCGCCAGUUUGCGCAAAAGUGACCGAUGUGUGUAAAUACACCCGUCGUCGUGCAAGAGAAAAGAGACAACAGUGCGAGAACGAGAGCCGCAGUUCGGCUGAGUGCGCGAGAGCAAAACGGAGAGACUUUUUUUUGUUGGGUGUCGAAACGCGCACGCACACAGGCUCACAAAAAGCAAGAUGGCCACCGUUGUUCGCUCUUCCUCGUCGUCGACCGUCGUAACAAAAAUCUGAAAAAAGUGCAAAAAUCAGGAUUAAUAUCUGUGUUUUCUUGGCGUAAUUGUGCAGUUAAGGUGCCGUGGAAGUGAUUAAGGUAGAAGAUUGUGCCCCGGGGGCAAGCAAUAGGACAUAAAUUGCUCCCGAAAGUAGGUGGAAAAUUGGUGUCUCUUUUUUGUGUGGUCUGUUCGGGGAGAAGUUGCAGCAGCAGCAGCACGAAAGGAAAAGUGAAACUCAGCGCAGUGUCUUCCUGCUGGUAUCGAUUUGUGUUUGUUUUAAUUUUUCUUCCUCUUCGGGGGAUUGGCUUCCCGAAAAUUGCUGUGAAAAAGGCUUGCCGUGGGGGGAACUUGAAGAAAAAAACUGAAAUAGUGAAACCCGAACAGGAUUUCUUGAAGCAGCAGCAAUGAGCUGAACUUGUUGGGUGUCCCAUUUCGCCUGAGCAGCAGCGCGAGAAAAGAGGAACCACUUGAAAGAACCACCACCAGCAGCAGCACCACACACGGAAAAUGACGAAGCUGGUGCAACAGCCGUCUUCGUCGAGUGCUGCUGACCAGCAGCCCCUUCCGGAAGUUUUGGAACAGUGCGGUGACGAUCAAGGGCAGUCGCCACAGGCCAGUUCCACUCCCGCGAAGGGGGCAACGACGCCCACCUCGAAGCGGCAGCCACACCAACCUCUGUCGAACAGGAGAACAUCAACACGUUUGACCUCAAUACGGAAUGACAGUCUGUCAUCAUCAUCAUCAUCCUCAUCUUCAUCUUCAUCGUCACUGUCCUCGGCGGCAGAUUUGGAAUCCGUUCCGGAUAUCAAAUCAUCGUCGAGUGAGGAUGUCUUCAAAGUGCCAUCAGUUACCCCGGGAACACCCGGAGAGGAGCAACCAGAAUCUGGGAUUAUAUGUCGGUUGCCAUUGGAUCGAUUACAAGCAAUCUUGGGUGCGCUAAACAUUUUGAAAAGCCCUGCGGACAGUGAGUCGGGAACUAGCACCAGCCCUAGCCCGACAUACAAGUUGCUGUGUUUGUAUUGCGACCGCACUUUUGCGAGCCAGACACUGAUGGCAAAACAUAUCGAUCGGGUUCACCGAAUACCCAAAGAUCGUCGAAGUAGUAGCCGAGUGGUGCCAACGGUGAGCGAUGGAGCAUUUCCCAGCUGUAGCUAUUGUAACAAAGGGAAAGUACUCAAUCCUGCCUCGGAAGAUCUCUCCCAGUUGUUCAAACACCUGGUCGAUCAACAUUCCGAUCGUUACUUUGCUUGCGAAGCGUGUGCCCUGCGAUUUCCGAGCGACGAGUCACGAGACUCCCAUAUGGAAGCACUACAUCAACCUGCCGUCAGCGCUUCAGAAACUCGCACCAGGCCCAAAUCGAAAGCAGCUUUGAAAAGUUUCAAUCUUAACAAGACGAAAAAAUGCGACAUUAUCACCACGCCCCUCACCAUACAGGUAGAUUUCGACACGGAAGCAAUUAAGAAUCUCACAAUCGAAAACAUUGAAGCCGUAGAUUCGCUUUCGGCUGCACUAGGCAUUGCCGCCAGUUCAGCUACAAAUUCUUCCACCCGGCUCAGAAGUUCCGGAAGAACCUCUGCCCGGUCCGUAACGGCUGCGGCCGGUUCUGCCAAAUCGAAGGUGUUCAAGAAAUCCGACAAAAUGCUAAUGCGUUCCUCAGAACAGACGCUUUCUCGGCUUGGGAUUGCUCAGCAUCGGACACCCCGACAAAGUCGACGAGCGGCCUGCGCCAAAAAUCGGCGAAAACCUGCUACCGACAGCGCCAGUUGCUCCUCUUCCAUCUCCGGGACGUCAUCUUCCCAACCGGACAAUCACUACAACAAAAUCACCAAACUAAAAACCAUCCGCUCGACGCUGAACAAUCCGAGUGGAAGUUCCGAGACCGAUUUCGUCGUUUCCCGUGGCAAAAACGACAUUAUCAGCACGUAUGAUGAAGAUUUCUACGAAAACGUCAACUUUAAUGUCCGACAGAAUCUAAGUUGCUAUCUGGACGGUAAACUGGAGGCCCCAACACCGAAUGCACCAUCCCCGAAGAGUCCGGUAGCGACUGUCCCGGCGAUUCGAUCAAUCGUUGUAAAGAGCCCCAUCCAGCCGGAAUGCAAAAUCCACGAAGCAACCAACCUGCCAGCGAUGACAGUUUUCCCCACGCUACUUACCGUCGAGCAGUUCGGAACCGAUCUCAUGCCGUUGACCAAAAUGAAGAAACCCAUCACGAAAAAUUCCUGGAAAUGGAAGUGGGAUUUUGUCAAAAAGUACAAGUACGUCAACGAGAAUGGUAAAAUCGUCAAGAAAAUCAAACAACCCACUCUCGGACUGCGAGACCUCUCCAAGCUUGACAUGUGGACACAGCUGACGAUGCGAACCAAGCACGAAUUGAUUCGCAAUCGCCGGAAUAUCUGCGAAUCGCGAAACUACCUGUCCGACGUUGGCGAUACCCUUCGCCAGGAUCAACGAAAGCAGGUCAAUGAACUUAAUCAAAUCCUGGACUCACGUCUGUUGCCACAAAUCAAUCUCGAACAACAUGAUCAAAGUAUUAUCAAACUGGAAGCUGAAUCCCACGAGGAGGGCGGCGAAUACUCCGAUCAGUACUCGGAAAAUCAAGUAUCCAACACAAUCGAUGAAGACUUCAUUGCCAGUCUGCAGCUUCUCAAGCUUCCCGACUCCAGUCGACUCAUGCAAGUGGUCCUCAGUGGCGAGUGGGCCCGUCCACGAUGCUACAUAUGCUACUGCUGUGGAGACAAGUUCAACUCUCUCAAACAGAUGGAAGAACAUAAAACCUUCCGCCAUCCAUACGUCUACUCAACGUACUACGAAAUCGUCGGCCGCGAACUCAUCGAAAAGGAACUCUUCAAACAUUUCUUCAUCCCUCUCUCGGCUCUGACAAUGCAUCGCAUCCACUACUCACGCCUAUCAUCCUAUCCUGGGUACGAUCGCCGAUUCCUACCAGCUCGGCAACCCUCUUCCGAAUCGGCUGCCACCAUCACCGAGAUCAAAAGUGAGGAUUCAUCCUCGAACGAAGCUACCUCGUUUUCGACGACAACCUCUUCCUCAUCGCUCCUAUCCAUUUCCGCCAACACGGCCAGCAGCAGCGGUUCUUCCAUCUCCUCCCGUUCGGCCCUGGAUAUGCUCGUAUCGGCUGGAAACGACUACACCACUUCCUUCACCAGCUACCCCACGGACUCCGCGCCGGUCCGAUGCUCAAAAUGCAGCAAGGAAUGCGUCAACACGUUGGUUCUCUAUGCACACAUUCUAAACUGUACCAACGACUACAUUUGGUUGCAAGCGAAGAAACGAAUGAAGUACCGUCGGGCCAACCGACGCCGCAAGGGAUGCAGUCGUGCGGUACUGGCCGCCAGGAAGGCCCAAAUGUCCCACAGUGCCCAAGCGGCGGUGGAGAAAUCCGAAACGGCGAGCAAUCAUUCCGGAGCGGAUGCCGACAGUAGCAGCAGUAGCAGCGCGGGAUCGGAAAGCAAGAAGAAAUCAAAGUCGUCUCCUCCGAGGCCGAAGGAAAAUGACAGUGACAUCGUCAGACGGCUGACGGCCAACCUCCCUGCAAAGCGUGUGUCACGGCAGAUACUGCAGGUCACCAAGCAAAUCCGAAAACGUCCACAAAUCAACAUCGUCAAAGGCAAGAAACAGGUCGUUUCUACCUUGGCCCCAUCCAAGGCGGGAGUGCCCCGUGGUGCCAGUGCCGCUGCUCUCAAGUUACGAAGUGGUAAGAUUGCAGCUGUCCCUAGUUCAAGUAAGAAGGUACCGGUCAAGGCUAAGUCUAAACCUAAACCACCGGUAGAAGCAGAAGAAGAAGCGAAAGAAGAACCAAGUGGUAAAGCUGAUAAGGAGGAGGAGAUCAAAGAAGAGACGACGAAGGAUGAUACCAAAGAGGAGCAGCAAGAGAAACGGGAGGAAGAAGCGGAGAAAAAGGAAGACAGACAGAAGACUCCCGUUAUGAAGAAAAAGAAGUCGGUACUUCCUCGCGGGAGGAUACUUCCGGUUCGUGGUAAUGCAUUCGGCAAUCGAGGAAUGCAAUGGAAGGGUAAGAAGGUGCUUCCGUUCAGAAAGGGAUUGACUGGCAAUAGUCGGACGUUGCGAAGCGGUGUUGUGAAGGUCAUGCCCACCGUCGGUAUCCGAAAGGUUAAAGCGAAAAGCGUUACGCCGACGAAGAAGGAAUCGCCAGAAAAGGAAGACAAGGAGACAGAGAUGAGUUCACCGACAAGUGCGAAGAAGAAUAGUUCUAAACGAAAGGGGAGUAAAAGUCCGGUCGAGCUGGAAGGUAAGCAGGAAAAUUCUAAUUCGAAUAAAGAGGAUGAAGAGAAACAAGAGCCAUUAGAGGAUGUAGUGGAAACGGGAGAAGAGGUUAGUCAACACAAAGAUGAGGAGGAAGAAACUGUGAAAAAAGAUCAUGACGAAGAAGAAGCUAAGAAGAAUACCAAUGAGAAAGAGGAUCCCGUUACCGAAGAAGUGCCUAAAGAAAGUUCUAAAGAUGAUGAUUCGAAUAAAGUUGAAGAGAAGCCAUCUGAAGAAAAAGUAGCACAGGUGGAAAAUGUUGUCACGCCCGUGAAGGAAGUUGAGUUGAGUAGGGAUGAGGUGGCUACUCCUAAGGCGUUGGAGGCAAUGGCGGAAGAACCGCAUGAUCAACCCAUCGUCACCCAGCCGGUUACACCGGUCAAGUCUCCAUCGGUAAAUUCGCAGCCACCUUCGACUCCCUCGACACCAUCCUGCCAGCAAGCCAAUAAACGAAAACCGAAAAAGCUAAACGACUGUAUUGCAAUGUUGACUGGUAAGCUGUCCGAAAAGCUUGGCGUUGACUUUUUCAACCAGGCCAUAGGCAAGAAUCCUGGACCGAAAAAUACGGUUCCAUCUGUCGAAACGCGUGCCUCUAAGCAAUUAUUGCUUCCGGCUCCUAACAUGGUUCCAUUACAGCCACCUACAAUUACCGCCAUGCCUCUGCAGAUAACUCCACCUCAGUUGGCACCACUGCCGCUGGUAAUGAACACCCGACGGUCAUCAGUGUCAUCGCAACCUCCAAUGCUCUCUCCCGUAUCACCCAUCGUAACGCCAAUGGAAGAAAUUUCCGAUGAACCUUUGAAUUUGUCGAAGAAUAGUCCAAUUGGCAGAAGUGCUCCACCUCGAACGAGGGAUAUGUACAAUCAUCACAGACAGACUCACCAUAUGUCACCUCCACCGCCUCCAUCGCCGACGAGCCUGCAUUCACCGCAUCAGCUUCCAACUUCAAUGCGUCACCCUUCUCCUCAGCCUCAGCCGUCGCAACAUCAACAGCAACAGCAUCAACAACAGCACCAACAACACCAGCAACACCACCAGUCCCUACAACACCAUCAACCGGGUCCAUCGACAUCAAACAGAAACCUUCCGUCAAUCAAGCUUCCACCGGGUCUCAUAAUCGAACGAGUCGAGUUUAAGUCUAGACCCGUCAUAUCCAAGGAAGCUCCAUCGGUAACCAUUGUAGCUCGCCGACAACCUCCUCCUUCGAUGGAAAGUCGGGAAAGUCGAUCGAUGAUGCAUCAUACUACAUCUGAAUCACAACCAUCACCUCAAACCGUAACGAGACGGCAAUCUAUUCAUCAACAACAACAGCAACAGCAGCAACAACAACAACAGCAACAGCAGCAACAACAACAACAACAGCAGCAACAACAACUACAACAACAACAACAGCAGCAGCAACAACAACAACAACAACAACAACAGCAGCAGCAACAACAACAGCAUCAACAGCUCUACGGUGACCCGAGGAAGAUUACGCCUCCAUCUCACCAACAACAGCAACAGCAGUUGCCAUCGCCGAAGCAGACCCAACCACUACAGCAGCAGCAGCAGUCGCCGUAUCAAUCAGCGCCAUCAAUAGCUUCGACGCUACGCCAGGAGCGGCCUCUGGAGAAUCGUAUAUCGGUUACCAUUACGGAAGCGAAAAACGAUCGCCAUCACAGUCCAGUCGCCAAGCAACCUCCGGUUACGUUGAAUAUUCCCGAGCGUUUACCGGUUAUCGAUCGAGCUCCACCUACUGUUAACCCUACACCGCUGAUUAUUCCCACCGUACCCAUUCCUAAUCAGCCACAAUCAGCAUCCUCCAGCAGCAGUAAACGAAGUCGUCGCAAGAGUGUUUAUGUGACACAAACUCCGCCAGUCAGCGAAACACAAUCCCAUGCCCCGGCACCUCCGGUUCCUUCGGUUGCACCACCAGCGCCUGUUGUUUCACCAACGUUCCUUCCAGGACCAUUUCCAUUAUUCCCGCAUUCCCUACUUACAGGCCCACCGCUUGGGCUUGACCUUCAACGGCUGGCAGCCGUAGGUCUUCCUCCCCAUCUGAAACCACCGGCAAUUCCACCUCUCUCUGUGCCCGCUCCUCAUGCUCCUAGCACGGCCGCUGCUGCUGCUCUUCUCGAGAAGAUAUUCCUACCGAAUCGGGAUGUCAUCGUAAAGCAAAUCGAGAAUGCUGCCGCCGCCGCAGCUGCUGCUGCGGCUGUCGCUGCUGCACAACCUCCUCCGGCGCAAAUUUCACCCUCAAAGAAAACAUCCGAAGAAGCCGUUCCAGUCGUCGAAUCGCCCCCGAAAGAUAAAACAUCAACCUCGGAAGCCACUCCUCCUCCACCCGUCGAGAAGAAGGCACAAAGUGUGAUAGUUUCACCCCCAACAGCUACACCCAUUGCAAUCCCAACGACGGAAAUCCCCGCUAAAGACCCUCUACCGACCACCGAUACAGAAGCAAACAGGUUUACAGAACCACUUCCGGUGCCUGCCCAGGAUCCAGUCGAACCAGUAGACGUGAUUCCACCCAAAGAGCCAGAACCGACGAAAGAGAAAACACCUCCCCGAGAGGAACAUCCUCCGAAGAGCCCGGAAAAGUCAAUACUAAGCACAUCACCGGAGGAACCGCCUGUCGAAAUUCCAGCAGAACCCAAGCCCUCAGAAUUGGGACCGGAAUCACUCGAGCCCUCGAAAACGUCAACUACUCCCACUCCCGCUGCGCACAGUUCAGCAAAAACUGUCCGCAAGCGGCGAAAGAAUGAACUGGCUGCCAUUCUGUCCGACCAACUGCUGGAAAGCUUUAAAGAAGUGGACCAAAAUGCCCUGCAGGAUCUGAAAAUGAUGCAUGAUAUGUCCUGUGAAAAACCGGAUAUAAAGUUUUCACUCGAACAGAUUCCGCAACUGGCCAAAAGGAAAGUCAACAUUCGUCAUCCGCAAUCACCGGUUGCCACUGGAAAGAAGACACCGGCAAAGAAAGGUGCGAAAGAUCAAGCAGCUAAGGAUCAGACAACUGAGGAGAUGCAAGAGAAAGACAAAGUUGAGGAAGUCGAUGAGAAGACAGAAAAUGAAGAAAACGAAAAGAGGGAAAGCGUGGUGGACCAACCAGAGCAGAUCACUGAAGAAGUGGAAAAACAUGUUGAACCUGUAGUUGAGGAAGCCCAGAAACCUACGACGGCGAAGAAGAACGCGAAAAAGGUUUCGGAGAAAAUUCUUAAGAAGGUAGAAGACGAGCCUCCGAAGCCACCAGAAACGGAACCGGAAAAAUCGGCCACCCCUGUGGUAGCAGCGCUUCCGGUUAAAAACCCACCAAAUCGCCGAACACGCAAACUAUCCAUCGAUAUAGAACGGAUAGCUACCUUGGAUAGGAAAGGACGUCAGAACUUGAAGGCGAAGUAUUCGAAGCAACUGGAAAGCUUAGACAUAGCUGAAAAACUGAGGGAAUCUCCUGCGGAUAAAAAGACCAAGACAAAGGCGACUAAAAAAGACGACACUGUGCAAACGCCCAAAGAAGAAGACACGAAGAAAAACGAAGACAAGCCUCAGGAAAUUCAGAAACCUUUGGAAAAACCGACGGAAGUCGAGACUAUCGAAAAGGCACCAACUCCACAGCCUGUGGUUACGAGUUCCAAAAAGAAGUCGCAACCAAAGUCUCGAUCAAAGACACCGUUCCCGUUUCCAAAGGAAAAACCAUCGGAGAAGACGGAUUUGGAUCGGCUGAAGGAUUCGUUGAACAUCGAAACCCCAAUGAAGAAACCAACGAUUGGCAAGAAAAAACAAACAGCAGUCGUUGAGGAGUUAACUAAGGAGCCUGAAAAGACAGAACCGACGACGGAGGCUCCAGCUCAAAAGAAAAUAGCUAAAAGAAAAGGUGGAAAAGCGGACAAAGAAGAACCUGCAGUUGAACCCAGCAGUACAUUUCCGAACAAGAAAAAGAAGGAAGAAACUGAAGAAUCUGAACUUCCGAAGGAGGCACCUGAGCCGUCUAAGGAAGUUCCACCGAAGACCCCUACGAAGCGAUCGAAAACGCCUGCCCCAGUGGAGGAAAAGCCAAGAUCUCCAUCGCCUCUGGUCACUCCAAGGAAAGUUAUAACACCAUCACCGCCUAAGCGAAUCAUGGCCCGUAGAUCAUCGGUUUUCGUGGACAGGAACCUAGCACAGUAUUUGGAGGAGAGAGAUGCCGAGCAAGAGCUUCUUUCUCACAGUUCCUUCAAAGAUGAUCUGAUUCUUACGUCACGCCGAGGCACCCGCAGUCAAGGAACGGUGGAUCUGGAUCUAGUGCAAAGUUUCGCCGAAGCUGCCAUGAAACCUAGAGAUCCUCGAAGAAGAUCCGCUGCAGCCGUUGCGGCGGCAGCUGCGUCUGCAAAACGUACCGAAGAGGAACGAAGAGUAGCUGACGAAGAACGGAAACGACGGGGAGAAGAGGAUAGGCGAAGGUGGGAGGAGGAAAAACGAAAGUAUGAAGAAGAAGAGGAGAGAAAGAAGAAAGCAGAGGCGGAAAAACCUGCACCUGUAUUGCGAAGGAUCAGCGCCCGCAGGGCUUCCUUGUUCAUAGCGCCACCUCCAGAAGUCGAGAAACCAAAAGUUCCGGAAGAGAACAUUGCGGAAAUCAGUAAAGCUACCAAGCGACAGUACAGGCGUCGAGCGUCAGUCUACCAACCGAUAUCGUUCCUGGAUGAAGAAGAACAGAUGGAAAAGCAGAAGAAGGAAGAAUUGAAAGCAAAGACACCGAUGCGAUCUAAAACGCCUGGUCCGGGUGGAAUUUGGGAUCAGGAUAUAAAAACGAUCGGUCGAAGGCGUAAUCAGAGUUCUGUGUUCAACGGUACUCCGGAGCCUACUUUUGAAUCGUUGUUAGAGCCACUGACCCUUCCGACUACCGGUACGAAACGACGAACCAAGAACAGUCAAUUGGCAGAAAACCUCUCAAAGUUGUUCAACAUCGAAGAGGAGAUCCAGAUGAUUGACCGAAGUAAGCGGAAGCCACGAAAGACCAACACUCCGGUCGCCUUCGAGUCACCAGCUUCUGUGCUUACCAGCUCCACCCCGGUUAAAGAGAUCAAAGAAAGUCUCACGCUACCGAAGGAGUCUCCCAUCGGCGUUGAAUCGAAUAAAAUCGAUGAACUCGUCAAGGCAGUAGAGAAAGAAGUUGCAAAGGCGAGUAUAGCUCCGAAGCCUCGGGAAUCACUUUCGUUCUCCAACGACGAUGAAGACGAGACCCCAAAGCUGAACAAACUGGUUGAAGACAUCAUUAACAAAUCCGAAUCCGAGUCCGACUCCGAUGAUGACAAUAUGUCACUGGCAUGUUUCGUUCGGCGAGAAGAAGGCUUCCUGAAGCCGAAUCAGCAGCACUGUCAAGACUCGCUGGAAGCAAACGCCGAAGACGAAAGCAACAGUGCAAUGGACGACGAUAUGAGCGUAACGACGGAAGUUACAUCCUUCGGUGGAAGCAUCAGGAAACGCAAACGUCGGAAGUCCAUAUGCGUGACAAAGUCUCGACGGCCGAAACCACCUGUUGACGAAAGUAAACCUGUCCUGACGUUCAACUGCGAUCUUUGUAAGAAGGUUUUCAAGAAGCAAGAUGCCUACAACAAGCACCGAAUGACGCUGUCCCACAUAGCAAAGCUAUCCGAACAGGAAUACCUUGAAGCACAACAGAAGGAAAGGGAAGCGGCGGCAACUGCUGUGCUUGCUAUUCAACAGCCAACUCCUGCCCAAGCAACGCCACCGACAACCGGUGCAUCUCCUCAGAGUACUAUGAAAAAUCUGAGCCAAGAGGAAAAACUUUUCUACGAGUGCUGCUCGAUGCUCAAGGAGUCCAAUGCAGACAACGAGAACCUAAAUCUCACGGUGUCCCUCAAGUCCGACGAAAUGGCUUCGGGUAUGGUAUGCGAGCAAAGUCCACCUUCCAAGGCAAGUGCCGCCUUUCCGAAUCCCUUCGCGGGAUUACCAGAGCAGGACAAAACCACCGACAGCUGCUUCAACAUGGGUGACAGUUUCCCCUCGUUCCAAGAUGUCAGCGAAAGCGAAAACUACAUCCAAACGAUCAAUGAACGCUAUGCCGAUAAAAACCUGGCCGAUCCGUUCGCCAAACUGACCGCGGCCGGUAUCGAUCAGCAAGCGGAAAACGACGGAAACCUUUCGCCACAAAAUUCUACCAAAUCUACCAGCUCGCAAGCAUCGGUGUUUUCACAGAAAACGAUCAAAACCAAAGGAGCUUUGAAGGGGUACGAUAACUUCAAAGUUUCCAUACCGAUGAGUGGAAUACACAUAGCGAAAGAGUCCAAACUGGAUACCCUUGCAGAUGUGGCGCUGUGUGGUGAUAUUCCAAAAGAAUUCGAUCUCAAGGACAGCGAUGAAGAGAAGGGAGAUGAACUGUCCAGUCGAAUACCGGAAAUGGCCACUCCUACCCCUCCACCUGGUCAGAUGACUCCAAAGAGUGACGCUUCCCCGAAGAAUGGCCUCCAAAGCAGUGGACGAAGGGCACCGGCCAAGAAGGAACCACAAGGCAACAGGUUAGGUUUUCGAGCGAAAAAGAAGAAGGGUGGUGCUGCUCCAACCAAAGCUACCACUGCUACUGCCGGCAGCUCAAGGAGAUCGACGGCCCGAGAGAGGAAAUCAGCGACGGCGCUUGCGGCAAGAACUACGGCCAAAAGCAGUAAACUCGAUCCGGACGAUAUCUAUGCCUUUCAAGAUUCACCACCAGAAGAAGCUGAAACGCUGCCUUCCUACUCGUCGAAGAAAACUGCGACCAGUUCUUCGUCUCCUGCCAUAACGAACAAAUCCACUGUGGAGUCAGCCGAUCAAGGCGACGACAGUCAACUGUCCAGCUUGAGUUUCUCCGAUAGGGACGAUUUUGUGUACGGAACCAAUACGCUCAGCGAGGAAGACGAGGAUGAUAAGAGCAGUAGUUACAGCAGUACGCAGACAACACCGAAGAAACCGGUCAAGGCCGACGUUCAAAAGAAAAGUCUUAUCAUGGGGAGAAUUUUCAAGAAAGCCAAGGACAAACCAAAAGAAGAGACUAGUGCGAAGAAAGUGCCAGCGGCUUCGAAUGAUGACCAAGCGAAACCGGUAGCGAAGGAUUUCGACAAGCUCUUUGACACGUUGAAAAAGUGUGAAGCAAAAGAAAAGCCCGACGAAGAGGAUACAGCACAUGAAGCAGAUCAGGAAGCUGAAGAUUCGAAGCUUUUGGAAGAAUACGAGGAGGAUGAAAAGGGUAAUCGGAAGCUGCGAAGGAGGAGUACACAGAAAAAACUGACUGAAACGUGGGACUCAGACGAGUUUGAAGACUUCAAUUUGAAGAAUGUUGUGGAUUUGAUAGAGAAGAAAGACGGAAAAGCAGUGGGCAAAAAGCCUGCUGCAGCUGCAGACAAGGAUGCGCCGAAAGCGGAAGAAAAAUCUGACGAAUCGCCUCUGAAGGUGGUGAAUCAAGCAGUAAAGGAACUGAUUGUAACGAAAGGUAAGGCUGGCUCGGAUAAGAAACCGAUCGUGACAGACGAAACGAUACGGCAGGUGAUGGAAAGUGUCAUCAUGGAGGUCUCGAUGAAUAAGAACCACCGAACGAGGGACAACAAACGUCGAGGCAAGGCGCGGUCAAGCAAAGCUGCCUCAUCGGACUCAUCGAGAGAGGAUGAAAAUAUGCCGGAGAAGGCGGAACACAAGGACUCCAGUUCCGACAAUGGCAGCUCUCUGGAUGAACACGUACUGGAAUCGAGCGUUAUGAUUUCCUCAAGAACAAUCACCACCAAGUUUAAGCAGAAGCUCAAUUCUACUCAAACCGGAAAGCAGAAAGAGGAACCGAAACAGCAACAGCAGAACAAGGCCCAACAAGAAGCGAAGAAAACGGCGGCGACGAAUAAAACCGUCAACAAUAAUAACCAAAAUCAAAAGACUAAAGUAGUAGCGAAAGCGAAGGAACAGCGAAAAGAAACACCGGAAGUGAAGAGUACCGCCCAGAACACCAAACUGAAACAACGAAAAGGUCCACCGAAGAAGAUGAAAAACGUAGCGUACGAUCCGGAUAGCGAUUUUGAAGACAAUAUCAAGUGCAAGAAGGUGAAGAAGAAACUGCUGGAAAGUGACAUCGAAGCCAAUCUGAAGAUCGAACAGUUGAACGCACAGCUGAGCGAUAGCAUAUUGAUGCCGGCGCCACGGCGGAAGCGGAACGCCGCGGAAACGUUGUACUUCUGGUCGUCAUCUAGCGAGGAGGACGAUCUGGAGGAGGACUUUGUGGAAGUGUCCACCAACAAGAGUGCGGGCAAUAAGAAGAAGAAAGCUGGUGCUGCCAAACCAAAACAGGCAAAGGGACAGCCAGCAAAGUCGCAGCAAAAGCAACAGCGACAGCAGCAGCAGCAGCCGCAACAGCAGCAUCCUCAGCAACAGCAACAACAGCAGCAGAAGCAGCUGGACAGCCAAUCGGCGAUAGAAGCCGGUGACGAUACGAGCAGCAGUAGCGAGCACAUGCAACAGCACGGUUGGAUCGUUGGCGAUUCGCACAAGAAGCUGGUCACGUUGUUGGCCCAUGCCAAGGGCAAGCAGGACAACCGAACGGUGAAGGCUACCGGCAACCGGAGGAAAUCGUAAGUAGAUGGUCCUACGUGUGAGUGACUCUGUUGUUUUGUCGGAGGCGUUGUGGAUAGCAGCUGCGGCCAUGUUGGAUGUGCGAGGCAAGCUUCUAGUCGAAGAUCCGUUUGUGAACGGACGCGAGUAUUCUUUUUUUUUGUAGAUAUGAUUUUUCCUUUUUGUUUUUCUAAUAGUUUUGUGGAGAUUGAUCAGAUUGUCAUGACGCCGAUAAGGAGAUACUAUAAGUUUUUCAAUUGGGUUUCCAUAGGGAUGUGCAUGUGAUUUUUUUUUUUCUUCUACUGAGCUAAUCUGCUUUGCAGAAGUUCAGAUUUAUAAAUCUUAGACUAGUCGCAAAAAAUGUUGUCCGAUAUGCUUCACACACAACAUCGUCGUAGCAGCUGCAACAUUUGCCUGCGUCAUCCGUUCCUUGGGUAAGCUGUUGAUCAGUUCUUUACAAAAAAACGGUGAAUAACCAAGCAUCAAGUGCUGCUAAAUGGUCGAACCAUACAAAUGUGAAGAUCCCAAUUUAAGACUGCAUGUGAGCGAGUAAAUGAGCACAGACGUAGCAACAAAACAAACGAUAGAAGCUGGUCGAAUGUGCUAAACUACUACUACUAAUCGAGCACGUAUAUGAAUUUGUGAUAUGUAUUCAGAAAAAAAAAACAUCCCGAUGUUAAUCAGAGAGGAAGCAUGGAAUACACUCCAGUUAAAAAAAGGAAAACAUAAGUGUAAUAAUUAAAUUUUUUAUCUGUUGUAAGAUUAAAGUGUAGAAAUCAGAAAGGAAGGGGAGAGAAUAUCUCGUAAUCGGUAUGAAUCAAUCAAUCCCUAUUAUGCAUAUACCUACUGCUACUACUGAUGGUUGGGAAACGAGCAAAUCAAUUUGAGGUAGCCGGAUUUUAGCGUAUACUUCUCGUUUUAGUUAUAAUUCAUGUUGGUUGGGGGAGGGAGCGAAAGCUACUAACUAUCAAUGAAUGUAGUGACACAAGUACACAGUUACAUAGGAGCAAUUUUGGAAUAUAGUGGUUCAUCCUACUAUCUCUUACUGUAGAUCACUGACUACUUGUGGAAAGUUGAAUCUCCGAUUUGAUCGGAGAGCAGGCAGCACAUGCUGCUGAGAACAAGGCGCGGCAACGUGCUGUUCAUCAUGAAUCGUACUGAAAGUAAACAAUAGAUAUAACAUUAUUUAGGAAAAGUAAACGGAAAAAUGCAAAAAAAAAAUGAAACUGAUGUCUAGACUUGAUGGGAUAACACGAAGGUGGGUGUAACAUAAACUAAAAAAAUGAAGGAAUGCUGAUUUCUAACUAAAAAUAAAAACUAAAUUAUCUAGUUCAUGUAUAGUUAUAUAAGAAGUAGCUAAAACCUAUGAACAUAGCCUCUAGAAUACGGAACAUAAGAGCAAUUUUAUUUUUUGUUUUUUUUUUUCUACCCCUCGGUAAACUAUGUUCAAAUUACGUUUACAAUCGAACGACUGUGCAAAAUUAGUUGAAUUAAGAGAAAGAGCUUUUUUAUUUUUUUUUUCUAUUUUUUGGAGAAAACCAACAGUCAAAUCUAGCGUUUAAGGUCCACGAUAUUUUCGCUUAUCGGUUGCCGGGAACUGAACAAUUAGUUUUUAGGAGCCAAUCCCGUCCCGAAACAUUUCACAUACCUAGUACAACACCACGCACACAAGCGCACGCAAUCUGCUACGUUUUUUUUGUGCGGUUGUUUAAGUUACCUUUACCCGAUAACAACAGACACAUUCACUACCAAGUACGUACGUCAUACACUCUCAUGCAACACACACACACACACGUACUACAUACUACGCCGGCGGCACAUACACGAUUUUCAUUCGCUCCCACCCACACACAUAUAAUCAAAAGAAACUACCCAACUCCCACUUGUACAUGUUGGAAGAGCUCGAGAAUCAUAUUCGUUGCGUUUUAGUGUAAUAUCGUAUAUAAAUAUACAGCAAACAAAAACAAAUAUUCGUACAAUGACGUUAUCUGUCGUAACAACUGUUCGUUUGUUUACUACUCUGCUUUAUUAAGUAUACGUUUAUUGAGGUGCUUUCGUUCCUUCUUAGUUUCCUUAACGUGAGAGAUGUAAGACACACGACGGAUUCCGCAUUCCGCAAUCGAAGAGCGAUGUUUGUUUUCGCGUUUUCCUUUUGUUAUCUUUUAAGAAGAAGAAAAAAAACGUCUAAAUGUAGCCUAGCGUUGAUUGUCGAAGGGAGGGCUUCCCGAGCACAGACAUCAAAUGUAGUCUGUUGAUCUGAAACAGAAGCGAUUGGAUUUCUGAAGCCAAAGAUGCAGUUGGCGGGCACGAGUUACUUUAACCGAUACAAGGUUGUCACUGAAUCGGGGUUAGGAAAUUUGAUUGGAAUUUUGAAAUAUUUUUAUUCAGACUGUCAACUCUCCUCAACUCGAUGUACAAUGUCUACGAACUCAGCAUCGAGUUAUAGAACCAUAGUUAAAAUUAAUUUCAUGGUUAACUUGCUAUGAGGAUUUCGUAUGGUCUCCUUAAUAGAUUAGAGAGUUCACUUUAUAUUGAUCGAAUGCUGUUGGUAUAAAUGCUAAGUCCGAUUUUUCGAAUUAUGUUAAUCAAAUGGAAGUGAUCCAUAUGUGUGGGGUCAGUGUAAUUUUAAAGUGAAUUUUCUGAAGAAUUUAGACGAGAACCUCAAGAUAAUUCUGAGCAAAAUUUUAGGACAUUUCUGAGGUGAAUUGCAUGAGAAUUCUAAGGAGAAUUCAAACGAAUUUAAAAUUAAAUGGAAGGAAACCUCGUUAAUUCAUGGAAAACGUUAAAAGCCGAAGAGAAUCUAAGGAUGAAUUUUUUGAAACAUUCUAUAGAGAAUGCCUGACUGUGAAAGAAAUGCUCAAGGGACUCUCAGAGAGAAUCUCAAAUUUACUUUAGAAGAAUUUUGAAGAGACCUCUGUGAAGGGAAAUUCCUCAUAGACAAAUUUAAAGUCUUCGACGCAGAACCAAAUUUAAGAUCCAGAAAAAAAAAUGCUGAGCUGUUAAUAGGUCUUGUCUAUCUGAACAACUUUGCUGAAGACGGAAGCCUUCUAUCUAGUCCAUACAAGGAGUAAGUCACUCAGCACAUUGUGCCGAAAUUGGAUUCGGCACAGCUCGGGCACAUGUAGGCAUUGGAUUGUUGUAAAUAAAAUGGGAGCACUGCUGGACAACUGUUAUUGAAGUUAUUCAUAACAUUACGUGCUGUUUGACUGUAUAUUACGGAACAUCCUCUAAUUGUAUAUACCAGAGGAACUCAGACCAGCAGUUCACUUAUAGAUCUAAAUACGAAAUGUAGAUUCUAGAGUGAGCUCAAGAGAAAGAGGUAGUUAAUCACACCUCACUAGGACCCUUAGUUCAAAUAAUGCUGCAACUCACACAAAACAAACUACAGAAGUCUAUUCAACAUCCUCUAUAGUCGGUUUCCUACAAUGUUUCCCACCGGUUCCAACUCUUUCCGACCGUUGCUUUUCACAUAACGAAAGGCUAGGUUUCUAGUCUGCCUUUGAGGGCAUUAUAAUACCCUAAAACACAGGACUUUUAUUAUAUUAUGAACACAAAAUACCAACAUUUCGCACACCCGCUACUAAACUAAAUGUUUCACUAAAACCAAAACAUUUAAGGUGUCAGAAAUACCGAGUUGCCGGGAUGGGUGUUUCACAAACAAUCGCAGCUUCCUCUAUGAUCGACACAAUCGGCACAUCUGCGUCACACUUGCGGCACACUUACAAUAAAGAUGACCCAAAAUUGGUGUGCGGAGUGACCUAUCCCUUGAGUCCAUAUGUUAAGUUAGGUCUCCUUAUUCCGCACAGCGAGUGAGGCACGCUAUGUCUGAAGGCAUUUUUUUUGCAACAUUAAUGUACCUCAGUUUUUUCAUCACAGGAAGUUAGAAUGGACCUUAACAUUCAAAUCAGUGAUGGUUUUAAAAUAUUUCAUCUUGGGUUUUUUGAGAAAAAGUAUUUUGAAGUAUACUUAGUCGUUUAUGAAGGCGUAUAUGGACCAUUCACGAUACAAAACUGUUACGGAUCGAAACAAAUACAACUGAAUAUGAUUGUUGGAGAUUAAGGUAGUCAAAAUACUUCGUUUCAAUGGUAUAACAAGAUUUCCUCUUCGGUACCGUAAGAUGUCGUAACUUUGUCGUGAACUCAUAAUGUUUAAAAUGAUGAAAUAAUUUACAAUGGAGAGAAUAAACUAAAUUUACUAUAAUUAUAAAUUCCAUCUGUUUCAUCCAUUCUUAUCAAUGCUUACAUAAAUAUCUAAAGAAAAUGAUAAAAUAAACUUGGAGCUGCCAAGAUAAGGAGAUUACUUCAAAUGAGCACUACUAUACAAUACCACCGCUUUCAUCAAGUUUUUGUCGUAUCUGAAAUUAUUUUCCACUGCUUUAUAGAUACUCCAUGUUUGGGAAAAAUCAUUAUGAACAGCUUCGUUUGUUUUUUCCGUGAACCAGACUAAGACUUUUCCUGUACUUUUGCAAAAAUCUAUAAUGUGAUAUUUUACAAUAUUGAAUUUUUGGCCUACCGGAAGGUUUCGGUA